ACAGUGUAGUUUGGUUUACGGUGCGGAGGUAACGCGGACUGACGACUCCGCAGUGAAACAGUCUGAACAUGAGUGCGAGUUUCGGGAAAUCCGUGUUGAUAACGGGGUCCAGCAGAGGAAUAGGAUUACAGCUGGUGAAAGAGCUGGCUAAAAGCAGCAACAGACCCGCUACAAUCAUAGCGACAGCCCGCAAUCCGACUGGAUCUGUGGAUCUGCAAGAGCUCUCCAAAACCUAUCCAGGGGUUCAUAUUGUGACAUUAGACGUGGACAGCCAGCAGAGUAUCCGCUCAGCCGUGGAGGAGGUCCAGUCCAUUGUAAGGAAUAACGGACUGAACUGUCUGAUCAAUAACGCUGCCAUCGGACUCCUUACAGACAUAAACACUGUUACCCCAGAGGCCAUGAUGGAGACCUUCCAGGUCAACAGUGUUGCACCACUGUUCGUCACAAAGGCCUUCUUGCCGCUGCUGCAGACUGCUGCAGCUCAGUCGACCGGGAUGGGGCUCCACAGAGCAGCUGUUAUCAACAUGUCCUCCAUUCUCGGCUCCAUCACACAGAACUGGGGGGAAGGUGCCAUCUUUAAGAACUACUCCUACCGCACCUCCAAGGCAGCUCUGAACAUGGUGACAAGGUGUCUAGCUACUGAUUUGGGGUCAGAUGGAAUCCUUUGUAUGUCCCUACACCCUGGCUGGGUCAAGACUGACAUGGGAGGGCCUGAUGCUGACUUGACAGUAGAGGAGAGUGUUUCUGGACUGCUGGCUGUUCUCUCCAAUCUCACAGAUAAAGACCAUGGAGGAUUCAAGGACUACCGUGGAGAGAACAUACCAUGGUAAAAUGAAACACUGGGUGUAACACUGUAAUAAAAACCUUCUCUAUAUAAUAAAAGAAUAUAAUUAAAACAG